GAUUUUAAGAGGAAUUUGGAAGAGGAGGAAAAUAGGCUCGUGAAGUGAUCUCCCGCCGAAACUUUCCUAAAAACGAUUUAGGUUAUCCAGUCAAAAUACUCCCAACCUUUCACGCCGUAGAAAAUGGCGUCGCCGGUUGAAUCCCGCCGUCCCGAACUCCGCAAGGACUCUGUUACGAAUCGUUGGGUCAUAUUCUCACCCGCACGAGCUAAACGGCCCUCCGAUUUCCAAUCGAAAUCCCCAGCUCCUUCUUCUUCCGAUCCUCCCCAAACGUGCCCCUUCUGCAUCGGCCAAGAGCACCAUUGCGCUCCCGAGAUCUUUCGAUUUCCUCCUCAAAACUCCGAUUGGAAAGUUCGCGUCAUUCAGAAUCUAUAUCCUGCUCUCAGUAGGGACAAGGAUCUCGAUUCUUCGGCUUCCUUGAGCUCUGAUUCUCUCGUCUGGGGUUGUCUUUUGGACGGCUAUGGAUUCCACGACGUCAUUAUUGAGUCCCCUGUUCACUCGGUUCACCUCUCUGAUUUGAUCCCCGAGGACGUCGCUCAGGUUCUUCUCGCUUAUAAGAAGCGGAUUCUACAGCUCGCAGGCGAUGAUAGCAUCAAAUAUGUUCAGGUGUUUAAGAACCACGGUGCCUCAGCUGGGGCAUCCAUGACCCACUCCCAUAGUCAGAUGAUGGGUCUUCCAGUCAUUCCUCCCUCUGUUUCUACUCGACUUGAUAGUAUGAAGCAGUAUUUCAAUCAGACGGGGAAAUGUAGCAUUUGUCAUGUUCCUACAAAGGACCUUUUGGUUGAUGAAUCAGUCCAUUUCAUUUCAGUUGUUCCUUAUGCAGCCUCGUUUCCUUUUGAGCUCUGGAUCGUUCCCCGUGACCAUGUUUCUCAUUUCCACGAGCUGGAUCAGGAGAAGGCUGUUGACCUUGGUGGGCUAUUGAAAGUGACACUCAUGAAGAUGUCUCUGCAGCUGAACAAACCACCAUUCAACUUCAUGAUUCACACUUCUCCCUUACAGGCUUCGGAGUCAGAUUCAGCUUACAGCCACUGGUUUUUGCAGAUUGUUCCUCAGCUCUCUGGUGUGGGGGGGUUUGAACUUGGAACUGGUUGCUACAUCAAUCCCGUUUUUCCAGAGGAUGCUGCUAAAAUCAUGAGGGAGGUUAACAUUUCAAUAUAGGCACAGGCCCUGGUCUGGAAGUUCUGGCAUUUGAAGAGGCUCUGUUUUUGGGCUUGUAAUCAGGUAAGAGCUUCAGCGAGAUCCCCAUGCCUAUGAGCAGCAGACCAGUCGCAUGUUGUUCGCUUAAUGGCUUUGUGAAUAUCAAGUAAGAUAGCAAUAAUGUCACUGCCUUUCUAGCAGUUGUUAUCUGUGGCAGAAUUCAAUUGUUUUGAGUUGUUACUACUAGGAUCGCAAUAAUUCAAAGUUUAAAUCAUCUUCUCAUUCUUUAAAAUCUAUGUUUAUUCCCUUUUCAAAAGAUCCAUUCUAGUCCUAGAUAUUUAUGGAUCAAAGCAAAUGAAUAGAAAAGUUUAUGACCUAACUA